CAAAUGUUUAGGUAAAUGAAUAUCCAGAAUUGGAUGGAUAGAAGUUAGAUGCGGCGCAUAUGUUCGAAGUUUAUUGCUACUCAGACAUCUUCUCGACUUUGUUUAACUGCUGCUGGAACGAGCAAGAAUUCAACAAAUGAUCAACCAUCAGCUAAUACCCAUACGAUAAACCAUCGAAAAAAUGAACGAAGAAAACCGGCUGAUACGUUCGGCACAUUGAGUUCAUUUGGAAAGAAACUUUUACCGUUCAAAAUGGUUCACGGUCCGAAGCAAGCAAGUGGUGCUUCUGAAGAAGGCGCCAUAUUCGAAGAGGACGAAGAUGGGGAAGACGUCGGCUGGACAUCUAGUUUUUUGCGGUCGAAAUUCAGGGAAAGCAAUAGAGAAUUGCCUGUAAUCACAGAACCAGUAGCAUUUGGACGAGAACAACGAAGAAAAUUACGGAAAAAAAGAGAAGCUGAGCAGGAAUAUGAGAAGUUGUAUGGUGUGGAUCGAAGUACAUCAAAAGUCCUCAUUGAUUGUGCUAGAAAGGAAUAUAAUCAUUAUGAAGGUAUGCGAUAUCCUCCCGGUAAUAUACUAUUGGCAAGCACAUACUGGGUAAAAAGCAAAUAUAAGAAUGAUUGGUUUACUAUUCAUCCAGUUAUGAGAAAGAACCCAUCAUUCAACCGUGAUGAAUCGUUUUCCUGGGAUGAAAAUGUAAGUUUGCUUGAUCCAGUAAUCAUCGAGAAUGCCCGAAAACUUGGUUUUCGCGUACCAACAGUCAUACAGCGUCGGGCAUUCCGAGCCUUCAAAAGUGAUGCACAUCUUCUUAUAGCUGCUGAAACAGGUUCAGGUAAAACAGCAGCAUAUGCUGCGCCACUGUUGUCUGCUUUAUUGCGUAAUGUGAAUCGACAUGCAAAAGGCGUUGUGCUAGUUCCUACGCAUGCAUUGCGGAUGCAAACUUCACUCAUGAUCAGCAAACUUGCCGAAGGUACCAAUAUUAAAAUCGUUGGAGGUAGUGAGAGAUGGCGAAGCGAGGAGGAUUGGGAUAUCCUCGUCAGCACACCCAGUUUUUCUCCUGAAUUCUUCACACCUCACAAUAUCGAUUAUAUCGUUUUGGACGAAGCCGAUAUGUUGCUCGAUGACAGUUUUUUGAAUGAUAUCAUUAGAUUACUUGGUCCUCUUAAAAUACGACAUUCGGUGAUCGAUAAGAAUGCUACAGAUGGGGUACGCCUUAUUUUCUCAUCCGCUACAUAUCCUGACCAAUUACAACUGAUUGCUGAGAGUAUAGUGGAUUAUGAAUAUUUAUACUGUGUCAAAACUGAAAACUUGCAUCGCAUUAUGCCUCACAUAAAGCAAACUUUCAUCAGAAUCAGAGAAAUAGACAAACUAGAAAAAUUGAAGGAGCUACUCGAAAAAGGGCUCUCUUUUCCACACGGCCAAACUUUAAUCUUUUGCAAGAAUUUGAAAAAUGUAGGCUUGGUGUCAAGGUCAUUAAGGGAAAUGGGUAUUGAACAUACUUCUUUGAGUGGAGGUCGUCGAAUUGAACAGCUGAUCGACGAAUUACGCAGUGGUGCUGUGCGUAUCAUCAUAGCAACGGAUGUUGCUAGCAGGGGUUUGGACCUUCCUCAGCUGAGGCAUAUCAUUAAUUACGAUUUUCCACGGCAGAUUUCGGACUACGUCCAUCGAUGCGGUCGAAUUGGUCGCAUUGGGAGUUUGCAUAAAUGCUUGAUGACAUCAUUUGUCCGACGAGCUUGGGAAGUAAAGCAUGUGAAUUCCAUUGAAUUGGCUGCACGACUUCAUCGACCACUUCAAGAUGUGGAACUGAAUGAUCCGGCGAGAUUGUUAGGUCUGCAAAGAGAUGUUGUUUCAUAAUGUUAAUUUAUUUGCAUAAGUUAAAUUCAUUUCCUAAGCUUCUUAAUGUUAAUUUACUUUGAUAAAUUAUUUUCUUCCAUA